ACGCCUGAAAGAGCGGGAGUACGGAAUAUGUAACAUAAAACGCAAGAAGGAAAUAAAUGGAUUCGGGGCUUGCUGAGUGUACCAUAGAGGAGGGAAGAGAGACGAGGUAGAAAGAAAGGAUAAGACGGUGUCUGAAACAGCAACAGACAGAUGUUCCAGAAAGCUGGCGAAGAGAUACGGAUAAGAAAGGAGGGGAGUGCAGAAGUGUGUAGAGAACAUUGUCUGGCUGACAGACGAUUUGAGAAACAACUGCAACAAAAAGGCCGGAUGGGAGUCUAUACUGACACAUAUGCACGCAUACACACCCACAAUACACACAUGGAUAGACUGCGGCCGACCAGUGACUCCGGUCGACUACUGCCAGUGGUACCCAAAGACCCUCUCACUAAUGCAUUAGAUGCCAUUGUGGUCAGCACUGAUCUCAUCGAGGAUGAACUCCGACCUCACCUGGAAACAGUACUUACUGUCAUACAGGAAAAACAGCGUGGGGCUGCGGAACAGGUGGCAGUGAGUGGUGUAUUACCUACUCUGGCUCAAGCCCUUAGGAGGAGAGGACCGCUUACUUUAAUGACUGCUAAACUGGUGUCAGAACUGGCCAGAGAAACGGUGAUCAGGGAGAGGUGUGGGGAGACAGGGGUGUCAUCUGCUCUGCUGUCUGUGCUGGUCUCCAGGGAUCAGGAGCUGCUGAUACACGCUGGCCGCGCUAUCGCUCGUAUCUGCUACGAGAGCCGGUGUCAACAGGAGCAGUUGUUGCGUUUGGGCGCGGUCCCUAGGCUGGUUGGAAUCCUGCUGGGUUUUAAAAGCAACCAGGCUCUGGAGGGUGUGUGUCUUGUGGCCCUGUGUAACCUAGGUGACAUGGGAGAAGGGGGGGAGGAUGGAGGUAUAUCGUGGGAGAGAGGCGUGUCACUAUGUCCCGAGGAGUCUGUGUUUCGUGGCGUGACUUGUCACUCCUGCGGCUUUGGCUCCAUGGUUACAGUCGUCAGACUGACCCAGUGGUCGCCCGGGCAACACACCGUCAGCAUCGAGGUGUUAUCCCGUUACUCCAUCGGGUUCUGGACAAUGCAUAACAACCGCCGGACAGUGCGACGUUCACCACUCUCUCACCUGGGAACGUGUCCUAGGUUCUACAAAGCCAUCAAGUACUCCGUUCAGAACAUUCCCAACAGUAGGAGCCUCAAGUCACUGAUCUUCCACAUCUUCCUUUGAGAGGGGGAUGGACUACAAACAUGGCAGCAUAUUAUGGACUACAAACAUGGCAGUAUAUCAUGGUUUACAAACAACGCACCAUAUUAUGAACGAAAAACAUUUUUCAUUGACUAUGAAUAUGGUAUUCUAUCAAUGACAAACAGGAGAACUCAUUCACACCUUAGAGAGGAACGGACUACAAACAUGGCAUUUUAUGAACUACAAACAGGUUGACUCUGAAAGUCACUACAGAUACAUCAGGACUGCAGACAGAAACCGAGAUGACUGUGGGUGUUGGGGAUCUGGAUGUACCUUACCCAAUUAGAAAUAAAUCAAUUUCUUUUCAAAAUUGACGUUAAAGAUUCAAAUCUAUUUCUUUAUUUUGUUUUUAAGAAAUUCUAAAAUAGUUUGACAACCCUGCUUUGUACGCUUUUAAAUGAUAUCAAACUCAACUGUUUACCUUUUUCAGUCAGUGAUGAAGACAUGUGUCAUGGUAUGGCGGGGUAUGCAAAUGGGUCAACUUUGAGAACCUUUAUCUUUUGAAGGUUUUGGCAUUCAGGUCUAAGAUGUCCCUUUUUGACCACUUCUUAAAUGGGAGAACAUGUUUGAAAAAUUUUGCUUAAUCAAAAGUGAUGCUGUCAAAAAGUGAUUAAAUUCAAAUGGAUUUACCCACACACCAUGAACAGUACUUAGUAAUGCCUUACACUGUUAGAAAGCUCAGAUUGUGCUUUUUUUUAUUAGCUAUUCAUUAUUUUUUUGAUUUUAUGCAUUAAAAAAACGGAAAUGGUUCCAAUGUUUUUUCCGACAUUAAUUUUUCACAUUGUGAAUAAAUAAAGUAUAAUUAAUUGUGUGUUUGGUGUAGGUGUUCCUUGGCAUGACGUUUUAAUAGCCGUGUAAUUCUCUCUCGGACAAGGUGAGUUUUAUCAAUAAAUGCGCCUCAAUUUACUCUCAAAAUUUCGCAAUGCUAAUUAUUGAUGAACGUUACCUUGUCAGAGAGAUUUGCGUGGUUAUCGAAACGUAAUGCCAGGGUAUUCUUACACGAAACAGACAUUUGAAGUAGUUAUAACAUCCCAGAUGGAACAAUUGGAACAAUUUCCGGGUUUUAUGACUCAUACUGUGACACUCAACAGUAAAUAGUAUGAACAAUAGUAAGUUGUAGAUUUCAUUUUCACAUGUCAUAUGCUAUGAACAAACUAUUAUUUAAAAAUGGAAAAAUAGGGCUUAACACGUUUUUAGAUAAUCUACAUAUUCUCACAAUUUUACAACUAACAUGCUGUAAGAUUUCAGCUGAAUUAUUACUGUAAGAAUUUUUAUAUUUAAUGGUCAGGGAAAAUCUAACUCAUUUCCCGGUGGAAUAAUCAAAUUCGUUGUCUCUCCCCUUGGGGUUUCCACUAGAUAGCACAGCCACAAAGCCAGAAUUGGCUAUAUCGUAAAAAAAUAAUGAAGACAAAUAUUUGCUUUUUUUUGUCAUAAUUUAAGGUUAGGGUAGAUAUAAGGUUAGCAGUGUAGUUACGGUUUAAAGUCUCCUUUUACAUUUUAAGAAGAUAAAUUGUAGAUAGGCGGGGAUUUUGACUUUGUGGCUGUGGUAACUACGACGCUCCCUGUGAACAUACCUCAGCUGUCAUCUAACAUAAUGUUUGUCCCUCGUGAUGAACACAGUGGUUUCAAAUCUUUAAGUUGUCAGACAAGUUUUGUUUUAAUCCAAUUAGAUAUAAAUAGAUGUGUGUUUGUCGUAGAAUGAUGAGACUAGUAUAGGGUCACCUUUGCCGCGCUAUACGGCUUUUGUGCCUGUGAUAUUUGCAUAUUUCCGUUGGGAAACGCCAACUGUGAUGUGCGCGUUUUCAAUAACUCAAUUCGCCUUUGCACUCCUAAACAAUGCCAUUUUUAAAAAUUGGCAAAGGGUAAAGUCUACAAAACUUAGUUCACUCUGUUCGUAGCAUAUUUUAGUUUUGGGAACAGAAAACUAUUGGGAUCACAUUUUUCGUCGAUUAGUAAAUUUGCCAAACGGAUGUUACACAUUUAUACAUCCGGUGAAAUAUAUGUCAUUGUUUUAUCUGGGUGUGGGGUGUGUCGAAUGUGCUCUGCUGUUAGGUUAGAGGAUUUUGAAUUAGCUGUGUUUUUUUACUUCCGUUUCUUGCAUGAAACGGCCCUACAUUGAGCUAC